AUGAAAGUAUUCAAAGACGAAGAAGAAAGAACGUUUUCGAAUUUAAGAGCCAUCAUUUGCGCCUGUCAGACAUACAGUCCUGUACCUCAUCACUUACAGGAAACUAAAGCAAAGAUCAUCAGUGCUGCUAAAUUAAUUAUAGAUACCUAUUUUUCAUCAUUUACCACAAUCGAUGAGAUUUCCGAUAUAAGGACCUAUCUCUUUGUGUGGCUUAGGGACCUUGGAAUGUUAGAUCUAUAUCAAACAGUUCUCCUGGAGAGUAUUUCCCUGAUGUUUGACCUCACUACCUCUAACUUUAGAAAUUGGACGGUCGAAGAUAGUUUUCCUCAUUUAAUUGUACACCUUUAUACCAGAAUAAAGAGCUACCAAGUACUCUUAAACGAUUCAGUGUUAAGUGAAUUUUUUGCAAACUUCGAUCAUACUUUCAGGACUGCUUACAACCUCGCAAAUUGUGCUGUUUAUGAGUACGAUGAUGUUCAUUAUAUAUCAGACGACGCAUACUCCUUAGUUGCAUCUGUGAAGAUAGAUCCCGCACAAAUCAUCAAAAGAGAAUAUUUUAGGCUUUCAAUUCAGAAAUUAAACGUAUCAGACGUAUUAAUUGAGAUUUUUCACCUUCUUGAUGGAUUGGCAAUUUUUAAGGUGAAUUCUUGUAGUCUAUCCAAGUUUACUGGUUCGAUUGAAACCGUUUUUCGUAGCAUCUCUGAAGGUAACUAUGAAAUCCUAGAACUAGGAAGAAGUUUGAUGUUUCCGCUUUUGAGGGUUGGAGAUUUCAAAAUCUGCAAGAUUAAUGAUAGGGGGGCAGUAAUAUCGUUUACCGAGGCGAACGACGUAAAAUUGGAAAUAUUUAGCCUGGACGAAGCCUCAUGGAUAACGCAGUGGAAGCGGUGCUUCCAAAAUCAUGUGAAAGGGGCAGUAAAAGACAGUUCAUUCACCAAAACUGUAUCCAAGAAUUUUAAAAGUUUAGACAAGUUUAAUACUGGGCUUGGCCUAAUCGUAGAAGAAAAUAUUCUACCAGAGGAUUCUACGUUAGUCUCCACAGAACAGCGAAGCCCCCCACCUUCAAAUAAUGGCUGCUUAUUACAUAGAUCGAAACCGUUACAAAUUCCUUUAUCAUCUGUUGUUCGAGACGAUUUUGGUGAUGAUUAUAUCUCCCUGGAUGAAAAUAAUAGUCAUGAAUCCUACAGUGGUCCAGAGAGCAUUAUAUCAGGCUAUGGAUUUCAUGGCAGUACAUUUUCUGGUGACGACUCACUUUCUUAUUCUUCUAAGACAAUACACAAAAAUUCGAUGCAGGUGAAAAUAACGGACGAGAACACUGUACUUUCUGUGAAUGACACUCAAAUAAGCCGAUGGUCAGACAACUCAUGGCAGAACAUUUCUCCUAAUCAAUUGAAUAUUGCUAUUAUACGAUUGCACAUGGGUUAUUUUUUAGUAGCUUAUGAUCCUGACCAUAAAGACCUUGAUCAGUUUUCAAUCCGUUUGUGUGAUGACAUAAAAUGUACGCAAUCUUCCGAACAGGAUAUACAACUACGUAUCCCAUUCAACACGUUGAUGUGUGAUGUGACUGGCAUUCUUAAUAUUAGAUCGGAAGACGUUGACAAGUUGCUCCUAGUAUUAAACUUUUAUACUAUGGAUCACUCGGAAAGCAUGUCACACUCAAGUACUAUGGAUAGUAUUUCAAGUGCCCUCUCUUCUGUUUCAUCAGCAAUUGAUUUCAAGCACCCAUUGCUGAAAUGCUCUUCUGUAAUAAUACCCCACGAAUUGACGCCGGCCGUCACCGAUUCGACAUCUGACUAG